AUGUCCGUCCAGGAUCCCAAUCAACUACCAUGGGACCCCAAUUGCACACGAUUUCCCUCGCGUGCAGAACUCCCCAAGAUCCCCAAUGCCCCGGACGACGCAGCCUGGCUCGGUCGUUUGAACCUUCUCACUCCCCAGCGAGUGAAAGCCGCCGCGGGGGAGAUACGCACGGGGGAAAUGGUUCGGCUGGAUCUCCCGUUAAACGUCCCAGAGACCCCAGCCUUUGGAAGAGAAUCCUUCCAACAUAAUAUCAAAUGUCUGGUUCCCAACGUCGCCUACGAUGAUACUUAUACAUUGAACACGCAGAGUGGGACGCAAUGGGAUGGGUUUCGACAUUUUGCACAUUUGAGUAGCCAGACUUUCUAUAACGGGACCAAAUCCACCGACAUCGAAGGCCCAACCGCCAACCACCGCGGCAGCAUCCACCACUGGGCUCAACACGGCAUCGCCGGCCGAGGCAUCCUCCUCGACUACCGCCACUACGCAGAGACGCAUUCCAUCCCGUACGAUGCGUAUAGCGCACAUGCCAUAUCCCUCUCAGAACUCCAAGCCUGCGCCGCCGCACAGGGCCUCGAUCUCCGACCCGAGUCGCAAGGCGGCGACGUCAAAGUCGGAGAUAUCCUGAUGAUACGGUCGGGGUUCGUGCAGCGGUAUCACGAGUUCAGUAGCUCGACGGAGCGGAACUCCCGCGCCGCGAAUCUGCAGUGGGCCGGGCUGAAACAGGAAGACCCCAUGCUGGAUUGGCUGCAUGAUUGCUAUUUUGCUGCGCUGUGUGGGGAUUCGCCGACGUUUGAGUGUUGGCCGUCUGUUCGUGGGGAAUUGGGGUACUUGCAUCAAUAUAUCCUGGCGCUUUGGGGGAUGCCGCUGGGGGAGAUGUGGGAUCUAGAGGAUCUGGCGAGGAGAUGUCGGAGGUUGGGGAAGUGGACGUUUUUUGUUACAAGUGCGCCGGCGAAUGUUGCAGGCGGUGUUGGUUCCCACGCCAAUGCAACGGCAAUCCUAUAG